AUGGUCCGCAACGAGCUUCGACGACCCAGUAUGGGCUUCCCUCAAUCCGGUAGUGCCAGCCCCAUCGCAGGAUUCUCUCCUUACAGCCAGCCAGCUUCUGUCGCGUCGAGCCAGAUCGAUGCUGCCAGCCAACAUCCUCAUUACGUACCCCCGCCGGGUCAUACGCCCAUGCAGGAAUCCCACCAGAUCCCUAUGAGUAUGGAUACAGACCGUGGUCGGAUCUCCAUGGCUCCGACAGGGCAGAGUAGCAUCCAGAUUAUGACGAUCAAAAGUCAACAAGGACAUCAUGUACAAAUCCCCGUUGAUGUUCAAGCUGCGUCUAAGGUUGCUGACGAAAAGAGGAAGCGCAAUGCGGGCGCAUCGGCACGCUUUCGCGCGCGACGCAAGGAAAAGGAGCGGGAAGCUUCCAUGAGCAUUGCGCGCCUAGAGCAGCAACUGCGCGACGCUCUCGAAGAUAGGGAAUAUUAUCGAAACGAGCGAGACUAUUUCCAAAAUAUUCUCCUCCAGCAGCCGGGUUCGGACCGACUCUAUCAACGCCCCCCUUCACCGCGACUGAGGCGGCCAUCUGUCUCACUCUCAAAUGCUGCGUCUUCCAUUACCGGCGGUGGCUCUGCGGGUUCGCCAUAUUCCGCAUACGAUGAUGAUGAACCAGAGUUGGAUAGGAACGUGCGAAGGAGAACCAGUACAUACCAUCCUCCCCUGGGCCAGACGGCUGCACCCUUGAACGGCACUGGGACCUCAACACCGAACCAUCCUGCCGCUACGUUUGCAUCGGUGAACGUCGCAGCUAACGGAAUGCCUUCCCAUCGAGCACAGCAGCAAGUCCAAUCACACCAUCAUUACGCAGCCCAGCGUCCCCAAUUACAUGAUCCUUUUGCUUCCGAACCAGCUCGCUACGAGCAAAGAAACUGGGCACCGGCGCCUGGCCAGGUGCGGGAGAAUCGAUAA